GGGGGAGGAGAGAGAGGGAUACACACAUACAGAUACACACACAUACACACAGUUUUCCCAAACAAUGUAAACAUGUUUUAAACUUCUCAAUUCAAAUUUCUCCCUAAUUUGUGUUUUUCUAAAAAACAUAAAUAGUAUAAAUGAGUCUGUGAUGAGUGUUAUACAAAUAAAAUGUACUUACUUACUUACCAAAUGUAGCAACUAGUAGUAAUUUUAUUUUUUCGCAUCGUUUAUGGUAGCUAUAUCAACAUUAUGUCACUGGAAAGCUAAUGUGGAGGAUAGUCUUAUAUAGCCUACUGAUGGGUUGUCCUGUAAAUUAUUUUACAAACAUUAUUAAAUGCACGUAUACAGGUAGUGCCAGAUAUACUAAUAACAAAGUGGUGUGACAUUGUUUAAUAUUACUAAUUUGUUGUACCUUGUUAAUCCUGCUUAUGGUCUUAACCUAAAUAUAUAGGAUUGGAGAAAUAUGGACCAGCUAGUUUGAAUUAAUGUGCAGCUCAAUUUUACGGUGACAAAUGAAGUUAAAAAAAAUGUGUUUGCUUUGUUUCUCUUCGGAUGUAUUUUGGUGAAGGACCGGAGCCGGUGAAGCACCACAGCUGCGUCUGCUGUGCUAGUAUGCGGUUGUUGCACCUACUAACCCAGCUCUGAAACUGCCGCAGGUUACGUGGCACCUUUACGUUUAACUGUAAUGUUCAACUUGCUUUAUUUUCUCUUUAAAUAAUUUUUUACGACAUCCGCCUUUAUAAAACAAGGCAACAUAAUCUCAGAUUAGGAUAAACGAACAGAGCUAACACAUCAAGGACCAUCAUGGUUCCCUUAAAGCGAAGGAAACUGGUUCCCACAGGCGCUGUGAACACUGGGACAGGCCCAGUACGAACCAAAUUUCCACAUGUUGUUUUGUUUUUACUGGAAAGAAAAAUGGGAACCAGUCGAAGAGCUUUUCUCUCUCAGCUCGGACGAAGAAAAGGAUUUCAGGUGGAGCAAGUGUUAAGUGAAAGUGUGACUCACAUUAUUAGUGAAAGCAACACUCGUGAGGAGGUCACGGCCUGGCUGGACUUCCAGGGAGGAGGCCAAGCAGACGUCCUGCUGCUGGACAUCAGCUGGUACACGGACAGCAUAAGAGCAGGACACCCAGUGGACAUACUGGACAGACACAGGCUACAGGAUCUGCAGGGGAGUGGACCAGAGGUAGCUGUGUUCUCAGUCCCCAGCUAUGCCUGUCAGAGGAGGACCACUCUGGAGAACCAUAACACUGUCCUGACUGAUGCUCUGUCACUCCUGGCUGAAAACGCAGAGCUCAGUGAUGAGGACGGACGAGGAGUGGCGUUCCGCCGUGCCGCCGCCGUGCUGAAGGCACUCCCCUCAGCGGUCAUGAGCGUCUCUCAGCUCUCAGGCUUGCCCUGUCUGGGAGAACACUCCCUCAGGGUCAUCAAGGACAUUUGGGAGAAUGGAGCAUCAAGUGAAGUUGAAUCGACCAAAGUGUCUGAACGAUUCAAGGCGCUAAAGGUGUUAACAGGUAUUUUUGGAGUUGGAGCUAAAACAGCUGACCGUUGGAUCAGAGAGGGCAUACACGACCUGCAUCAGUUACAAAACUCAGGACAAACUCUGAAUCGAGCUCAGCAGGCAGGUCUGCAGCACUACGAUGACAUCAACCAGCCCGUCACAAAGGCAGAAGCUUGCGCCAUCGAGGAGAUUGUGGAGAAAGCCGUUUCCUCUGUGUUGCCAGGAGCUCAGAUCAUCCUCACUGGAGGAUUCAGGAGAGGGAAGCAGACUGGUCAUGACGUCGACUUUUUGAUAACACACCCAGAGGAAGGCCGCGAAGUGGGGCUGAUGCCUAAAGUCGUCUCCUGGUUGGAGGCGCAGGGUUUCCUUUUGUACCAGAAAACAACACGAAACUCUUAUCUGGAGUCUAAAGCUGACGGCCCUGGUCGUCCUCCCUCCAACAUGGACCGAUUUGAGAGAUGCCUCUCCAUCUUUAAGCUACCUAAGAUGGAGAAACAAGGAGCUAAAGAUUCACAGAACGUGACAGAAAACUGUCUGCAAGCAAAUCAGAAGUCUGAUGAGCCUGAAUGUCCCGAAGCUGCUCCAGACAGACGGUGGAGAGCAGUGAGAGUGGACCUGGUGGUCUCUCCUAUCAGUCAGUUUGCCUUUGCUCUGCUGGGCUGGACGGGAUCCAAGCUGUUUGAGAGGGAGCUGCGCCGGUGGGCGCGGUAUGAGAAGGGCAUGUCUCUGAGCAGCCACGCUCUGUAUGACAACAACCAGAGAAAAUAUCUAAGAGCUUCUUCGGAGGAGGAAAUAUUUGCUCACCUUGGUCUGGAGUUCAUCCCUCCAUCAGAAAGAAACGCCUGAAGAGAUCUUACUAAAGGCCUGAGAGCCAGGGGCUUUAAACACACACACAUGGAAGACAUGUGUGUGAGCAGAGGGUUUUCUGGCUCCAGUGUUGAUGCACAUUUUGUGAAGAUGUUUUUACAAACAAGUUUUAAUAAACUGUAGCCCUACCGCUGCACCCGGCCUUUAAUAAAGAAUAAACAUUUGGUUUUUUAAACGAACACAGCCAAGAAAAUCUGAAGCCCAGAUUUUGAAAAUGCGCUGCUACGUAUAAAACAUUUGUGUGUUUGUGUUGACUUUUGAACAGAUGAUAUUUUUAAAUGAAAGUUUUAUGAAAUCUUACUGUAAAAUCAGUUGGUGUAUAAUUAUUGUGAGGAGGGUUAUAAUGAAUUACAGUAAUGCCUGCAGGUGGGGUGGAGGCAUGGAUCACUUCCAUACCUGUCAGAUGGAAGAUUGGGCUGAAUGUCACUGAAGAAUCCAACUUAGAGAUGCUCAUGCCGACCAAGGUUCAGUGUGACCCUAAUGGGCCAACACAUCUAACCACCCAGCAGCUCAAAUUGUCCAAAUGCAAGAAUUUCUGACCUGAUUUUCUUAAGACAGUAAAAGUUUAAGUCCAUCCAUGCUUGCGUGUCUCAGACUCAACAGGAUAUGAAUAGAUGUGCAACUGCAAAGCAGCGAUUGUCACCAAAGAAAAGGCCGCUGAGCUACACUGUACAUGCUGCACAUAGUGGAAGAGAAUAGAAUAAACCUUUAUUUGUCAUGUUCUGCGUCCCUGUGUUCCUCAGCCCCUUCCAGGUUUCCUCUUUUUUCCCAUUAUUGGAUCUCCCCUUUAAGUUCUUGUUUCAAGUUUAUGAGCUUUCCUAUCUGUAGUAUUGUAUGUUUAUAGUAGUUUAGUUUUCCCCCUUCAGUACUUUUAUGUUCCUUCCCCACUUGGUCAAUUAGUCUCCCCUGCUGUUCAAUGUAUUUAGUUCUGUCACUCCUUAGGUCAUUAGUUAUUUAUCUUUGGUUCUCCUGUGCCCUUAUUCUUCUGUUUAGGUUUAUUUAUGUAUAGUCUUACAGGUUAUGGUUUAAUCCCCUCCUCCGCUUUGUUUUUCCUUCCCAUUUAUUGAUUUCACCAGUCUCCCUUCAGUUCUCUCUCCACACACACCUGCUCCUCGUUUCCUAAUUUCCCUCUGGGAUUAAUAAAGUAUCUUUGAAUUUGAAUCACUGCCCUGUGUAUAUAAAACCCUGUAUUGUCCUUCAGUGUUUGUUGGGUCAUUGUCUUGUCUACAUGUUUGCUGCUUGUGCUCCAAUGUUCCCUGUUUGUAGGGUUUUAUCUCUGUUUUUUUGGAUGCUUGGAUUGUUGGGCUGAAGACUUGGAUUCCAGUCCUUCUUUUGUUAUUUCACCUCCCGGUCUCUGGAAUAAAGGUUUUUCUGCAA